AUGAUAAAUGAUAAAGGGGACGAUGGUCGAUUUUCAGCUGAAAGUGCGGAUGACCAGCAGCCUAUUUGUACAUCUAAUGAGCGAGAUCAGCCUGCUCCUUCGCAAAUUGCCCCUUCUUCGAUGCCUGACCACUCUCCCGAGAAUGAUCCCGAGGUAAGCUCUCUUCUUGAUCUUGAGGUUUCUGAUGAUUCUGAGUUGGUUGUUAUAUAUAAACUCCCCGACAGGCAUAAUUGGGGCAAGCCUCCUAGUCAGUACUCACCGAGUGUGGAGGAACGAAAGUCUAAAUAUCAUAUUGCUGAUUUUGUGUCAACAAGAAAGCUGUCGGAAUUUUUUAAGGCUUUUGUGUCAAAUGUAUCGGUUGUUCAAAUUCCGAAUGGGGUGAAAGAGGCCUUGAAGGAUCCAAAAUGGGUUCAAGCUAUGAAGGAGAAAAUGAAAGCAUUAGAAAAAAACCAGACUUGGAGGCUUGUAGAGUUGCAAGAAGGGAAGAAAGCCAUGGAUGUAGGAGAUGAUCUUGAAGAAAUUUCGAGGCUUCAAGAAAAGUUGGCAAAAGAGUUUAAGAUGAAGAACUUGGGAGAACUGAAGUAUUUCUUGGAUAUUGAGGUAGCUAGGUCUAAGGAAGGAAUUUUCUUGUCAUAG